AGCCUUGAUUGGCACCUGGUCUCCUGUGGACUGGCUGAGGCCUGGCAACGCGGUGUCUGAAGAGGCUUCAAGUUGGCUGCUCUAGCCAUGGCGGCCAUCUUUAUUUCUGGCAGAUCAGCUGAUGAGCACCAACGCGCCCAAUUUAGAGGCCAGGCGUUGGGUCUUUCUCUAGGGAGCCCAUGAGCCCCUCCCCUCGCGUGCCUCUCUGAGAGGGGGCGGGCCGGAGCAGGAAGCCAGAUUGAACGCGGGCACAAUACCCUUUCGCACGGAGGACGCGAUGGCUCCCAGGAAACGCCCAGAAACCCAGAAGACCCCCGAGGUGGUUGUGCGCCCCAAGAGCAGGAGGAGCAGAAGCCCCCGGGAGCUGGAGCCCGAGGCCAAGAAGCUCUGUGUGAAGGGCCCCGGUUCUAGCAGAAGAUUUGACUCAGGCUGCCUUUGGGCGGGGUUGGCUAGCCUUCAGGUCCCGCCAUCAUACACCAGCAUCGUCAGGGCCCUUCACCACCAUAAGCUGGGCAAAGUUGCCUGGCCAUCACUACAGCAGGGUCUCCAGCAGUCCUUUGUGCAUUCUCUGGCUUCUUACCGGAUAUUCCAAAAGGCUGCCCCUUUUGACAGGAGGGCCACAUCCUUGGCAUGGCACCCAACUCACCCCAGCACCCUGGCUGUGGGUUCCAAAGGGGGAGAUAUCAUGCUCUGGAACUUUGGCAUAAAGGACAAACCCACCUUCAUUAAAGGGAUUGGAGCUGGAGGGAGCGUCACUGGGCUGAAGUUUAACCCUCUUGAUACCAACCAGUUUUUCACCUCCUCAAUGGAGGGAACAACUAGGCUGCAAGACUUUAAAGGCAACACGCUCCGAGUGUUUACCAGCUCAGACACCUGCAACAUCUGGUUUUGCAGCCUGGAUGUGUCUGCCAGAAGCCGAAUGGUGGUCACAGGCGACAAUGUGGGACAUGUGAUCCUGCUGAACAUGGACGGCAGGGAGCUUUGGAAUCUGAGAAUGCACAAAAAGAAAGUGACCCAUGUGGCCCUGAACCCAUGCUGUGAUUGGCUCCUGGCCACAGCCUCUGUGGACCAAACAGUGAAAAUCUGGGACCUGCGCCAGGUUAAAGGGAAAUCCAGCUGCCUCCACUCGCUGCUGCAUAGCCAUCCUGUCAACGCAGCUUGUUUCAGUCCUGACGGAGCCCAGCUCCUGACCACUGACCAGAAGAGUGAGCUCCGUGUUUACUCGGCCUCCCAGUGGGACUGCCCCCCGAGCCUGAUCCCACACCCUCACCGCCACUUCCAGCACCUGACGCCCAUCAAGCCCAGCCUAUCUCCCUGCUGUUCUGCCCUCAAACUUCAGUGCCUGCUGACCUCAGCCUUGCUAAUGACUUCUCCAGUCUCAGCCCCCAAGGCAACCUGGCAUCCUCGGUACAACCUCAUUGUCGUGGGCCGAUACCCAGAUCCUAAUUUCAAAAGUUGUACCCCCCAUGAAUUAAGGACCAUUGAUGUGUUUGAUGGAAGCUCAGGGAAGAUGAUGUAUCAGCUCUAUGACCCAGAAUCUUCUGGUAUCAUUUCGCUCAAUGAGUUCAAUCCCAUGGGGGACACGCUGGCCUCUGUGAUGGGUUAUCACAUUCUCAUUUGGAGCCAGGAAGCUGGGAUGCGGAAAUGAGACACAUUAAUGACGGUGUGGGCCAAGCAAGGGCUUGGAGCCACCUGAGAACAAAUCCUGUGAGAAGAGGCGGCUAUGUGUUAAAGGGCCAAAGGUAUCCAAGUCUUAGGGUCGGAGCAGGGACACUGUGGCAUGGGACACUGUGGGACUGGGACACUGGCAUGUUACUGCUCUGGACUUAGAUCCAGAAACUUCUCCAGAGUUGGUGCCCCAGGUGCCCCAAGGGUCCUUGCUAUUAUCUAGCCUGGGGCCAAGGUACUUUUCUUUGACGUGCAGUGGCAGAGUGAUCAGGUAGUGGUUUUCAGUUUGUGCUCACUAUUGAUAUGGCCAAUAAAACCAUACCCAACUGA